AAAAAAACACGAAAAGCAUAUUUAAAGCAAAGAAAAACAAAAUAUUUUACUUGCAAUAAUUUUCCUAUUCGUUUCGUCGCGUUUUACCGUCGCGUGUGUCGCUUAACAAAAACAAAAAGAAACAUAAAAAAAAACACAAAAAUAUUGCAAACAAAUGUGCCUGUGUUGAUGUAAAUUACAUAUACAUAUAAAUAAAAAAAUCAAAGUGAACAAACUGUAGAGAAGAAGCCAAAAAAAGAUUUGCAAUAAAAUUAAUGCAAGGUUGCAUGCCACAAGCAUACAUGCAACUAGGCAAGUGCACGAAAACUGCAGUGAAGUGUUCCUAAGAAUAUUCAUAGCAAAGCAAAGAAACAAACAAACAAAUAUUAAACAUCUAAAAAUACUAUAUAGACAAGGAGCGUAAAGUGGACUUGCGAGCCGGCCACAUAGCCAAAAAGUGACCGCCGCACCCACCCACCAGCUAAAAGCUCAACAACUCCUCAACCAGAAAACCACAACUCGGCAAACGUUGCACAGCGUGUGCUGCUUGCAAAAGUGGCACAGGUCGGGCUGGACAUCGCUCCCAGAGCAUUAAUGGCUCAACCUAGGUAUGACGAUGGCCUGCAUGGCUAUGGUAUGGACUCGGGUGCUGCAGCAGCUGCCAUGUACGAUCCACAUGUCGGACAUCGGCCGCCCGGAUUACAAGGCCUCCCCACGCAUCAUUCACCGCACAUGACACACGCUGCUGCGGCGGCGGCAACAGUUGGCAUGCAUGGCUACCAUACUGGCGCUGGUGGUCAUGGUACACCUAGUCAUGUAUCACCGGUUGCUAAUCACUUAAUGGGCGCAAUACCCGAAGUACAUAAACGUGAUAAGGAUGCGAUCUAUGAACAUCCGCUAUUCCCGCUCUUGGCGCUAAUAUUUGAAAAAUGUGAGCUGGCCACAUGUACGCCUCGAGAACCUGGCGUGCAAGGUGGUGAUGUCUGUUCGUCAGAAUCAUUCAAUGAAGAUAUCGCAAUGUUCAGCAAACAGAUACGAUCACAGAAACCCUACUACACAGCGGAUCCCGAAGUCGACUCACUGAUGGUGCAAGCAAUACAAGUACUUCGGUUUCACCUUUUAGAGUUAGAAAAAGUGCAUGAAUUGUGCGAUAAUUUCUGUCAUCGAUAUAUCUCAUGUUUAAAGGGUAAAAUGCCAAUAGAUUUAGUGAUUGACGAACGGGACACCACCAAACCACCAGAAAUAGGUUCAGCUAAUGGUGAAGGAAGAAGUAAUGCCGAUUCGACAUCGCACACCGAUGGAGCUAGUACACCAGACGUUCCUUUUACGCCACUGGAGCAGACGUAUGCCAGCUAUCACAUAAAAAAUGAAGCGGAUUUUUAGUGAGGUUCUAGUGGGCGAAAAAUGGAAAUAGAUUUUUCUUAAACAGCAAUUUUUGAACUAACAAAAAAUUAGUAUUGAGGUAGCAACAGCUGGUUGCAGCAAUGGUCAGCUGUUUUCUCUUCGCGAACAGCUGUUUUCCGCGCACUGGUCAGCUGUUCUCACAUAACCAUCUACAUUUUUGGCAUUGCGUAUGAAUUUCUCAAAUCGAAAACUCGUAAUUUGAGGGAUCGUGAUUGCCCAAAAAUUGCUUUGAGCGCGCAUACUGCUAUGGUGACAAGCGCUUUUAGCAGCCGCUUUGAAUUCGGUACGCUAGUUAUUACAGAGCACUCGGGCUAUUCCAAGACACAACUAGCUGAUUAUCCGAAAUUCGUUUACGAAAUUGCCUCAAACGGUGGGCGGAGCAUUAUUACUAUUUCUAUAGAAAACCACUUUUUUUUUGUACUUCAAAUACUACUAAUACGAUUUCUACAUACAUAAAUACUACAAAAACUGCAAUACGCAACGGAUAUACGUAAUAAUUUGUAUUGACUGAGAAUAUAAGUAACUAAUUAACUGAAAGAAAAUCCAUAUACGUAAAUUAAAAAAAUAAAUAUAUAUAUAUAUAAAAUAAAGAGAAAGUCUAGUGUAUAUUGUGAGCCAAGUUCUAGUGUAUAGUCAAUAGCAGGCGGGCAUAAUUAGGUUAGCGUUUAGACUAAAUGCAAACAGAUAUACGUAAAAAGUGCACUGAGUGGAAGUUUUUGUUUCAUUACUUUUUUUGUUUAAAUUUUUUUUCAUAGCUUGAUAACGAUUAGUCGUUUACAACUAGUUGAAGGCAGGAGGAAAUAUUUUGUAAAAUAGCAGCUGUAAUUAAAAAAAUUAAAUUUUAAAUCAAAUAAUCUAUAAGGCGUAAAAUAAUACAAGCAUAUAAGUAUGUCUAUUUACAAACUAAAUUAAUGAUAACAGAGGGAUAGAAGCGGUCAAAAUGUUAGUGUGGAUUUAAUUUUGAAAAAUAUUCCUUUGAAAAAAGUAAUAAAAAAUUUGAAUACGUAAUUAAAAAGUAAAUUUAAUUAAAAACAAAACACACAAAUACACACAAAGUAUACGAUUUUUAUUAAGGAGUGGUGGAAAAAAACCAAACAGUUAUACGAUUUCAUGCAUACCUAUAACAUGCACGUCCUUAAUUAACACCCAUACAAACGCACUAACACACACACACACACAUACAUAUUUAGUUAAAAGCUGUUAAAUUGGCCUCUUGAGCCGUAAUGCAUUUUUAAAUAUUUUUGUUUUUUUUUUUUGCUUUAAACAAAGUUCUUUACACUUGCUACGUUCAUCACAAUUUUUCGUUAAAUAUUUUCCCAACUUUCUGCGUGUUUAUUUCAUUCUGAAACUUGGCAAAAUGUCAUGCACCAUAUUUUCCCUCACUACUAACCAAUUAAAAAAAAAAUUUACUUUCUUUACAACCGACAGUGCUGUUCAAAAAAUGCAACCAUAUAUACGUAAUUUACUAAACAAAAAACAAAAAAACUAACAAAGAUGUUGAAGUGUAAAUGUUAGUUUAUAGAUAAAAACAAAAAGAAGAGAAAAGUUAGUGUGAGUAAAAAGGAAAAACCUAAGUUCAAAUGAAAGUAUACGAAAAAUUUUUAUUUUUUAUUAAAUUUACCUAUUACUUACCUUAGAACGUUGAAUUUUUAAUACGAGUAUAAAAGCAGUGAGGAGAGGAAAUAUA